CGCUCUGCGUAAGCGCGUGCCUUAGACCGGGCGCUGCAAGGGGCGCGGGACUGCGUGCGCGUACCCGCGAAGCAACGAGAAGAUGGCGGGCGCCGCCGGAUCUGCCGUGAAGGUUCCGCGGAAUUUCCGACUGCUUGAAGAGCUCGAGGAGGGUCAGAAGGGUGUUGGGGACGGCACAGUGAGCUGGGGACUGGAGGAUGAUGAAGACAUGACCCUCACCCACUGGAGAGGCAUGAUCAUUGGACCUCCCAGGACAAUCUAUGAGAACAGGAUUUACAGCCUUAAGGUGGAGUGUGGGCCCAAAUACCCUGAGAUGCCUCCCUGUGUCAGAUUUGUUACGAAGAUCAAUUUGAAUGGCGUGCACAACUCAAAUGGGGUGGUGGACACACGAGCAGUGUCGGCCCUGGCCAAGUGGCAGAACUCCUUCAGCAUCAGGGUGGUUCUGCACGAGUUACGACGGCUCAUGAUGUGCAAGGAAAACAUGAAACUCCCCCAGCCCCCUGAAGGACAGAGCUACAGCAACUGAUCCCUGACUCCUCUACCUUCCCUUUACCGUUCUGUUCAUCCUUCUUUCCACCCGCCCACUGGUGAAUAGCAGCCCUUUCCCAGCCUUCUGUGAGGCUCCGACUGCCCUUCCUCCCUGAAGACACCCCACUGGACAGAGAGAGAGAGAGGGAUCUGAGGCUGUGCAGUAUAGACCACACCGUUAAAAUACUGUACAUGCUACUAAUCUUUUUUUUUUUUUUUUUUUUUUUUUUUUUAAUUAUUAUUUGUUAUGAAUACAAGUUGUAGAAUAACAUAAAUAUUCUUGUUAUUGAGUGUAAACAGUGUGUGAACUCGAUUUUUAUUGUCCUCGGAAUGGGGGGUGGGAUGGGGCACAUUCAGGUGUUUCAACAACUUUAGCUUUUUGCUGAAUCAGUUUUUCACGACGAAACAGCAGAGUUAUGCAGAAUCUGUGUUUGGGAUGAUGUAAACUAGUUGUGUGACUACAAACUGGAUAUUGUUUCGCACUCCAGGAGAGAGGCAUUGUGACUCAAUCUGAAGCAUUGUGUUUGGUAAUGAGAGAUCUUGCAAGUGCUUCAUUUAGUGGCUUUUCUUGCUGAAACACCAACUGCAAUGUUAUUUAAAUAACAGGAGGUUUUGAUGUGUGUGAACAAACCAUUUAAAGAGUAUUAGCUGAGGAUUUCAACCCAGUCCUCUCCGGAAUUACCUUUAGCAGCAGCAGCAUCAGCAGCCUCCCUUUCUUUGUUAAAGAUCUUUUGGUUCUUUGCUUGUAUUUUACAUUUGAAUUUGAACAUGCAGCUGUUUCAUAGACAGUGCUGUAGAAAUGUCCUGGCUUGAAAUCACUUUGUUCUGUAGCUCCAUUUCAGUCCAGUGGACUAGCUACGUUCAGAUCUACUUCACAUUUGGAAAAUCAAACAAAGAACAAAAAUCCUGAAUCCAUUUUUACAACCCAGUUUUCAGAUGUUAGUCAAGCAGCAUAUUGUUGCAGGUAACUGUCCAAUCACAAUAAGAUUACCUAUACUGUUAAAUUAUAUUAGAGCCUGGUAUUGAUUUGAAACAGCCAUCUGAAAUGUAUUUGAUUCAGGUGAAAAUUAUGUCACAAUAAAACGUCCAGCUGCAAUACCCUUUGAGUAUACAGUGCACUCAGAUCUCUCCACUAGAGGUGAUAGGAACUUGUAGUGUUUGCAAAUUUCUUACAAACUAAAAGCAUUUUUAGACAACUUUAAUAGCUCCAAGUUCAUCUACUAAAUCACUUCUCAACCUAAUCUUAAAAAAAAAAAAAAAAAAAAAAAAAAAACAUCCUAUAUUAAAGUUUUAGAACUAAGGGUUUAGUAUUUUCAGUGUUAAUACACAGGAGGCAGUAUAACAUGUUUAUGGGACAAAAAAACAAAAAGUACACACUUGAAAUGACAGCUUGACGUUAUGAACUUGUGUUCUGUCUGAUGAUCUCUUGUAUUUUUAUAGUCUUGAAACAUUACUUUCUUGUCACUCAUUAAAUCAUUUUUAUUUAA